GAAAUAUUCUUAGGCAAGCGAUAUAUGGCAAUCAAAAACGAUUGUAACAAAAUUUUUCAUUUGAAAUUUAUCAAUGUAUGGAUUUUAGCGCUACCUCGACUCACUGAUGGCGGAAGUGUCACAUGGUAUGAACCUACCCCGGUCAUAACAACAUCGCAUCCAACUGAAGUGCUCCCCCCAGGCAUUGUACAGGUUUAUGAGGGAUCUCCUGUCACACUUAACUGGAACUACAGUCUGACCACAGGUUUUUUUGUAGCUGUUAUGCCAUUUAACGUUGCUGGUAUAGUCAGCAUUUCCUCGGCUGGACAAGCUGGUGCUGUUAGUAGUUAUUUUCAGCAAGGGUUUAACGCAAGCUCGACUCUUGGACGAGGCUCUCUGUUUAUCAAUAACGUGACUGUUGCUGACGACAGGGCUAAUGGAGAAUUCAUAUGUGACAUAAUUGAUUUCAAUGCUGACACUUGGAGGCGAACAAUUCGAGUGAAAGUCAUAG